ACUCAUAGAUCGGGUAUUGUUACCAAAAGAAAAAAAAAAUCCUGUUGCGCAUUUGCACAGCGGCAUCUGGUUGGAAUGUACAUUGCAGAGUGUCACAGACAGGGUGAUAACAUUUUACAUGGGCGAAUGAAUCUUUGAUUUUCUUUAUUUUUUCUUCAGCCUUUGAAAGAAGUAAUAAUAAGAAACCACCACCGGCAUGGUCGUCUUUAUGGGUCUUACCAGGACGGCGUACCGACACUCGUUGUCGCUGACACCGAGAUUUUGCGCGAGGUUCUUGUAGCCAAGUUUAAGAACUUUUCCGACAGAAGUGAAUCUCAAAGGAUAGGCGGAGCGGUAUGGCGCAAGUCGAUGCUAAACCUGUCGGGCGAAGAGUGGAAGAAAGCGCGGAGCAUUUUCACACCGGCCAUCUCAACUAGCAAGCUCAAAAGGAUCGUAAUCAAGGUCAGAAUCAUUGCUGAAAGAAUGGUGUCGCGAAUCGAAGCCGCGGCUGCGGAGAACAAGUCGGUGAACAUCAGCGAGCUGGUCGACCACGCCUCACUGGACACUGCGGCAGCGCUUAAUUACAGUGUCGACCUGGACAGCGAGAAUGACAAAGACCAUCCUCUCAUAAAAUCUCUCAGUGCCAUCUUCAUUAACAAGGCCGGCUGGAAGGCUGUAAUGUUGUUUCUUAUGCCGAGAAUAUUCAAGGUUUUGAAGCCCAACUACCCGCCUAAAGCAAACGUUGACCUAUUCAAGGCGUUUGUAUCACACCUGAUUCAAGAGAGGGAGUCAAAGAACAAGAAAGAAGACGAUUUCCUGCAGUUGUUCAUGAAUGCUGACUACGAAUGGGAAAGUGCCGAAGACAGUAGAGAGAAAAGCGCCGAGAAAAGGGGGAUCACAUUGGACGAGAUAACUGGCCACGGAAUACUUUUUUUCAUCGGUGGUGUUGAAGGCAACACCAUGGCUGUUACCAUGACUGCCUACUUCCUGGCAUUACACCCGCAUUUCCAGGACAGGGUCAUCGCCGAAAUAGACAGAGUGGUCUCUGAGGACGGAGUCACGUACGACACUCUGCAGCAGAUGCCCUUCCUCGAAGCUUGUGUCAAAGAGGCGCUUCGGUUGGAAACACACGAUGCCAUAUAUUUGCGUCUGUGCACGGAAGAGACGACAGUGGCUGGCAUACGAUUCAAGCCAGGCAUGUGUGUGGAUAUUCCCGUGGCGGGCAUUCACCACGACGCAGAAUACUUCCCAGAGCCCGAUAAGUUCAACCCUGAGAGGUUUCUACCGGAGAACAAGGACAGCGUGAGGCCAUUCACGUACAUGCCUUUCGGCGUUGGACCGCGCAAUUGCGUCGCGAUGCGGCUUGGCAUGCUGCAGGCCAAGGCAUCGUUGGCUUGCAUGUUUCGACGCGUGAGGCUUGAGCCGUGUCCUAAAACGAUGGUACCUCUGAAGUAUAAACGUUGCCUGUUUCUUCACAGCCCCGACGGCCCUGUUUUUCUUCGAGCGAUACCACGUCGUACCACAACAAACAAGUUCACCGACUCAAUUUAACAUAAAACAUGGAAAGAACAUCGUUUCAGGCCUAACAGCUAGUAUUCCCCUGCAACACAGUUGCUUGUGACGCCCUGUAUUUGCCUACUUAAGCUUGCAAAACUACAUUCGCAAUGCGCCUCAGACGCAUGCACUGCAUACGAGCGAAUUUCACCAGGUCAAAUUGUUACUUUGAAAGCGAACUCUCAUUAUUCCCUAUUUUUUAUUAUUUUAUCCCACAUCAGAGGUUAAGGCACACCUUUCCUCUCUAUCUUUGAGUUUCCAAUUUCAUAAUUGAUGGCUAUAUCACAUGGGGCAUUCUAAUA